AUGGAGGGUUCAAAAGCAAAGUCGACUCCCAUGGAAUCUAAUCUCAAGUUAGCUAAAAAUGAAGGAAAACCUUUAGAAGAUGCAAUGCUUUUUCGUCAACUUGUCGGUAGUUUGUUUUAUUUAACUAUCACAAGGCCUGAUAUCGCAUUUUCUGUUGGAGUUAUUUAUCAGUUUAUGGGCCAACCAUGUGAGGGUCAUUUAAUUGUAGCAAAGAGGAUUCUUCGUUACAUCAAAGGCACUCUAAGUUAUGGUUUAAUGUACGAGCAAUCUAAGAUUUUUUCUUUGAGUGGCUUUGUAGAUGCAGAUUGGGCUGGUGAUGUGAAUGAUAGAUGUUCUACAACAGGUUUUUGCUUUACAACGGGUUCUGCUGCGAUUUCAUGGUGUAGUAAGAAACAAACUACUAUGGCUCUUUCAAGUUGCGAAGCAGAAUAUGUAGCUGCUACAAUGGCUACUCAAGAAUCUUGCUGGAAACUUGUGUUCCAUGCUCGUUCGAAACAUAUUGAAACUCAUUAUCAUUUUGUUCGAGAGAAAGUGUUAUCUCAGGAUAUUGAGUUGCUGAAAAUUCAAACUGAUGAACAAGUUGCAGACAUCUUUACUAAGGCGCUCGCAAAGACUAAGUUUGAAGUUUUUCGUGGAGAUCUUGGCAUUAUUGACAAGAAGCUUGCACUAAGGGAGGCUGUUACAAGUUAG